GCGAUCCAAAAUGGCAUUCAAACUCGUGGCUAUGCUCAUACUCCUGUGCCAGGACGAAGGCAUCCACGGCAAAGCUAUCAACUCUUUUGCGGGCCCUUACAUUUGUUAUGUCGACCGUUUUUACAAUUGUGAAAACAACGUGGAAUUGGCGUGGACAUUUCGUUUACGAGUUAGUCACUUCAACCCACAAAAACCAAGAGAACUACAACGCCUGACCGGUAACAUAACUGGUGUGAAUACAACCGUUGAUGAUAGCCUCGGGGUAAAAAUUAUAGUGGAUCUUUGGGCACAAAACCAAUGGAAGCAAAACGCCUUUAUCUACCCGUUUCCAGAUAAGGGAUGCACAUUAAUAAGAGUACUCGUACCUCAUUUUUACUCGCAAAUUUUGAAGCAGAAAGAAACAAAGGGCAAGUGCAUACUAAAACCUGGGAUUUACGAGGCCAAUAACACCCCAGUGGAAUGGGUAUUUCCAAAAGUGCCAAUCUUUCCUUAUGGACGUUAUAGGACCGCAGUUAUCUUUAGCAAGGCAGAAAAACAAGUCGGAUGCUUCACAGCAGAAGCUGUGAUGAUUCCGAAAGUCUAGUACGAUAAAGUCCGCCUGACGUGCGCGCUAUUAAACGAGUCGGACACCCCUCGCCUGGAAUAAAAUGCCAAAAACCUAAGAAAAAAUUCAAAAUUUCUGAAUUUUGACUGCAACACAAUACCACGUACUUCAGUGUGAUUCCGAGUACUCCGUACCAUUUUCUGAUAGUAAACACCCCCAGGCUCACGACGAGGCCGCAGACACGCACGCCGACGGCGGCCCGCCGCCCGGAGGAGCCGAGCCGGAGCGUCGCGUAGACUUUCUAAUUUAUUCAGUCUGCGCUUUAACACCCCAUCGAACAGCGUCGUCGGCGGCGACGUCGCGGGCCGACACUUACGCCCUGUGAUUGGAAGUGACGGCUCAGGGGAGGGCGUUGAACCGCGCUCAUCCGUCUGCCCUGCGCGCCCACCGCGCACAGCGCACGCCGACAAGAGGGGUCGUGCACAAAACUACGCCU